GUGAUAUAGAAUAAGUUUCAAUUGUGAAUCUAAAACAUUUAUAGUUAGUUUAGUUGCAUCAAGUGUUUCAUCCUCAACAGUGUUAAUUAAGUAUAUUGAACUCUACCUUAAUUAUUAGUGAGUGUAUGUACCAAACAUAUAUCAUUAUCACCAUUAAUAUUAAUUAGAUCAUCGAGAAAUAACUUAAACAUCCCCUUACUUUAGUUCUCCUCAUCUUUAAGUUAUUGUCACUUGUUAUACUAUUGACUAAUACAGACAUCUUUUUCCCAAUAUUAUUCCUAUUCCUAUAUUAAUAUUAAUAUUGUACUUCAGUCAUGACUGGAGUAACAAUUAAACAAGAAAUAAAUGAUUUAAGUCCUACAACUGAAGAAGCAGAAGAUGUACAAGAAUCUUUAAGAUUAAUUGAAGAUCUUAAAUUCUUCUUAGCCACGGCACCAGCCAACUGGCAAGAAAAUCAAGUUAUAAGAAGAUAUUAUCUUAAUCCAGAUGAAGGAUUUGUAAGUUGUGUAUUUUGGAAUAAUUUAUAUUUCGUAACUGGAACAGAUAUUGUAAGAUGUAUUGUAUAUAAAUUUCAACAUUUUGGUAGAAAGAUUAUAGAUAGAAAGAAAUUUGAAGAAGGAAUCUUUUCUGAUUUAAGAAAUUUAAAGUGUGGAACUGAUGCUAUUUUAGAACCUCCACGAUCAGAAUUUUUAGAAUUCUUAUUUAAGAAUUCAUGUUUAAGAACUCAAAAGAAACAAAAAGUAUUCUUUUGGUUUAAUGUACCUCAUGAUAAACUUAUGGCUGAUGCUUUAGAACGAGAUUUAAAGAAAGAAAAACAAGAUCAAAGUCCAACAACUAUAGCUGUUCGAGAGCCUGCUCAAUCAUUUGAAUAUGAUGAAACUCAAACUUUAUAUACUCAAUUAGCUGAACAUAUGGCUAAACAAAAGAAGUUAAUUGAUGAACAAGAAGAUAAAUCAUCACCAGAAUAUUCAACUACUACAAAUCCUAUAUUACUUCAACCACAAGGUCAAGGACAAGGUCAUGGACAUGGACAAGGACAAGGACAGGGACAAGAAUUUGAAUUCUUAAAUCAUGAAACUCCCUCCCAAUUUAAAGCUAAUUCAGAUAAUGAUGAUGAUUUCCCUCUUGAUUAUUUUGAUACUAAUGGACAAAUAAUUCUGGAUGAUUAUGUUAAUUUAGAUACAAAUUUUAAAACUGGUGGUACAUCAUAUAAUAAUGUUAAUGAAGAAAAUUAUGAUUCAAUAGUUGAUUCAUCAUUCUUCUUUCAACCUUUAAGUCAAGGCGCAGGAACAAGUCAAGUUGCUUAUAAUGAAGAAUAUUUAAUAGAACAAACUUUACCUAUGAGAACUCCUGUAUCUCAAUUACCAAUUCAACCUAAAAUACUAUCAUCAAAGGAAGAAAUGUUUCCACCAUUUCCUAAUCAAUUUCAACCUCCAUUAUCAGCUAAAUUUCAAGCAUUUCCAAGAAAUUCUAUAACUCCUUCUCAAUCCAUGUUCCCCUCUCAUUAUAUUGAUCAAUCUGGUCAACCAAUAGUUAUGCCUCCAUCAGAUUAUCCAGUAUCUUAUAAUAUGAAUAUGAAUAUGAAUAUGGCAUAUCAUGAACCAGAUUAUUGGUUACCAAUGUAUGGAGAUGGAGGUCAAUACGUAGUACCUAAUGAACAAGAGUUUAUGGUACCUGUGAAUAAUCCUCCAUUUAUGCAUCUUGCCCAUUCUCAAUCAAUAGCAAGAUCUCCGUAUGUAGUGUAUCCCCAGUCGCAUUCCAUGUCUCAGGCUAUGAGUUCGAGGCUUCAACAGCAACAGCAACAGCAACAGCAACAGCAACCACAACAACCACAACAACAGCAACAGCCACUUAAACACAGCAGACAGAAAUCAAAGGCAGGCAUUACUAAACCAGUCCAUGAUAAUGGUACUUUGACUCAUAGAGCGACUCUCGAUCAAGUGAUCAAUAACAAUAACACACGAAUUGUUUCUAAAGAUAUCGACACUUCAGAUGCAUUUGAUGGAGGAAUUCCUACCCCAAUGGCAUCUACCUCUCAUUUAGAGAAUUAACUAUAACCAUUAGUGUAACUCUUAUGUAAUUUAAAUACAUGUAUUACUAUACUAUAC